UUGUAAACACAAAUGGCGGAGCGUGUGUGUGUCAGUAGGUCAGCCCGCCAAUGAACACAGAAGAGGAAGUGUUCAACAUGUAACGGCUGAGGAGGUGUGUGUGUGUUCGUGUUGCUGCAGGUUACAGAGAAGAUAUUUGCUCGCCUCUCAAUGCUAGCUCAAGUUAGCUUCCACUGCUUUCUCCUAUUUUGUCGUGGACUCAGAAACAGUCUGAACUUUACAACUCGUUGUGUUAGUGAGAAGCUAAAAACAAAUAUAAAACUCGAAACUCGCCUCCAGUCGUCGCCGAGUGUUGGAUUCCCAGUGUGACCACAGACCAUGGCCGUCAAUGGGAAAGUCAUCCCGCACACGCCGCUGGCCGUCGACUUCUGGCAGGUUCGGAAGUGUCCGGGUGCUCGGCUGUUUUUCUUGACCCACAUGCACAGCGACCACACGGUGGGCUUGACCUCGACCUGGAGCAACAGGCCCAUCUACUGCUCCCCCACCACCGCCACACUGCUCAGGCUGAAGCUGCAGGUAAAGGAACAGUGGAUCCAUCCAUUAGAGCUGGGGGACCCACACAUGCUGCCGCUGGAUGACAUUGGCAAGGAGAGGCUGACAGUCACCCUGAUAGAAGCCAACCACUGUCCAGGGGCUGUGAUGUUUCUCUUCGAAGGCUAUUUUGGUUCUAUACUGUACACUGGUGACUUCAGAUAUACUCCCUCAAUGUUGCGUGAGCCAUGUCUGAGGACAAACACCACUAUUGACGUCCUGUACCUGGACAACACCAACUGUGACCCCAACCGCACCCUCCCCUCCAGAAAGCAAGCCACUCAACAAAUCAAAGAGAUCAUCCGCAGCCACCCCAACCACAAUGUUGUCAUAGGUUUGUAUACACUGGGGAAGGAGUCCCUGCUGCUGGACCUGGCAAUGGAGUUCAAAACAUGGAUUGAGGUGAGUUUUGAGAGGAUGGAGACCCUCAAAGCUCUGGAGCUGCCUGACGUUUUCACCACUGACCCGGGGGCCGGUCGCAUCCGAGCCGUAUAUCAGUCAGAGAUCGGUUUCGCCGCUUUGAACCAGUGGAACAAACAACAUCCCACUUUGGCCAUCUUGCCCACCAGCAGGCCCCUGGUCUCCUUCCACCCCAAUGUCCAUGUGGUGCCCUACUCCGACCACUCCUCUUAUCAAGAGCUGGAGGAUUUUGUCUCUGCGCUUAAACCUACCUCCCUUUUACCCAUUGUAGGAACUCGCGCACCUGGAAAUCUCUCCGCUUUACUGCCCAGCAAAAAGCGCCCUGUAAUCCUCGUGCCCGAGUCAGUCCGACAGUACAUGCUGAGACAGCCUGAGAUCCAGCUCGGCUCAUCAGCAUUUACCCGCCUUCGCAGCAGACACCUCAGACCGGUUGCUCCCAAGGGGGUGAUAUUUGAGUCUCCUCCAAAGGGGUCCAUGACGCCAUGUGAAGAAGAUGUCUGCGGACCAGAGUGUCCGGAGCAGGAUGCUUCUGAGGAGGAGAUGGACACAGAAAGAAGUGAAAAGGACUCUGACAGUAUCCUUAUCGACAUUAGCAAGACAGUCACCCCUAACAAAAACAGAGGAGGAGCUGGAGACACGUGGAGCCUCAACAUCGUCCAGACAGUCUCAGAAGACGUGCUGGUGGCAGAAUCACUGCCACUCAGUCAACAUAGCCAGAGUAACCAUGCUCCAGUGGAGAUUGUUACAAACAGAAGGCCUUUUGAAACUAAUGCCAAAAUAAAGAACACAGCAUCAAGUGGAAAUUACAAUAGUCCACAAAGGGGACACAGAAAUGUUGAGAACAACCACAAACCGUCAGACGAGGACGGCAUGAGUCAGCACAGUGGAUGUGGAAGUGAUUGGGACAGCCUGACAUUAUUGCAGAACAGCUCCAGUAACAUUUCCUGUCGCUCUGCCACGGAGCUGAAGGAGAAGUAUUUAGAGGAGUUUGAAAACAGUAUUUUAAAGAGUCUCCCCUUCAUGGAGGAGGAUUUUAAGACCUGGGGCCUCCUGCAGCACAGCUUUGUGCACAGUUUCCCCUCUCCGCUAUAUGAUGCAUAAUGACAUCUCAGUAAAUAAUGUGACGUGAAGUUUUUUAGCUUGUUUUCACUGUGUGUUAACAUAAAUACUUUAAAACUGACUAUUUUCUGUCCUAUAUAUAAUUUUCCUUGUGGUGCUUCCUUUUUGUGGAUAGUCUGGAGUUAAGAUUUGGGUCUGUAAUAGAAAUUUAUAAAUGUAGAUUUACCUCUUUUUAUAAUCCCACUAGUCAUCAGUAUUUCAGUGCCUCUGUUUGUCUGUUAUAAUUUUGUUUGUGGAGCACAACUCAGAAACCAUUUGGAAUUUAGUAAUGAAAUUUGAUGGUGCCUUUUGAUAUUUGGGGUGUGACAGGGGGUUAAGUCAACUCCUGAUGACACGUGUUCAACUCCUGCUUUGAGAACCAGCUGACUUGAAAAACAGUAACAUUUUUCCGUCCUUAAUUGAUGAGCAGUUGAACAUAAGAGUUUGGAGGUUUUGAAGUGCUUUGAAAUACCAGUGGAUGGAGACGUUUUUGCUGCUGCAAAGAGCCGUGAGUUAUGAGCCAAAAUCUGCAUUCACUUUUAGCCUGAAGGUUAAAAUAAAUUUAUAAAAUGUAUUUGCCAUAUUUCCAGAUCAGCCUUUUUAACUUACACUUUAUUCUUUUACUGCAUAGGAGUGAAUACUUUAUAGUAGAAAAGAAAAACUAAUGCUUCCAUACUGUAAAAAAUAAAAAUGUAUGAUUUAACAGCAGUGUUCCUUACUGUAUUAGUCUGCCAAUGAUGGAAAAACUAGAGUGAAACACUGUUCAGAAAAAUCUUAAACACUUUCACUCAUUUUAUUUUUUAACUUUAAGAAAACUAACUGUCUGAGAGAUAAUUGAAUAAUUCAUUUUAUAUAUUUUGUCAUAUAUUCGUAAAUAUUUGAGUUUAUACUGUCGCUGAAAAUAUAGAUAGGACAUUUAUUAAAAGUAUACUUUGUUUAUGUAAUGUUUUAAAAUGUAAUGCUGUUUGAAAUAAGGUUAAUUGAAUGUGUAAUGUAAGAAGUCACAUGACCAUAGCUCAGAGGUUAAGUAUGUUAGCGUUGCAUUUUGGGAUAGAGCUAACAGGGAUGCCGAUGGAACCCAUACAGUCCUGGAAUAACCACAUUCUGCACAUAAGCCCUAUGAGACAAAUUGUGAUUUGUGAAUAUGGGCUAUACAAGUAAAAUUUGAUUUGACGUGGUUGAAGAAGCGCACACGGUGACUGUAUUUCACUUGUUCAAGUCACUUAAUUUCACUUGCUUGAGAGACUUUCAGAAAAUUAUGGAGCGAUGUAUAUUUGAAACCUUGGUUCUUUAAUUCUCUUGUAGUUUUUGUGAAAACUACAAGACAGUUUACUGUGUGUUCCAUAGUGUUUUUGCUUUCCAUAAUCUUUUGUACAUUUUUGAUAAGAGGUGACAGCAGCUGCCUCACAGCUCUGUUGAUUAUUUUUUUAUGUAAUACAUGUUGCUGUCAUAUGUAUGUUGAAUGACAAUGUGCCAAUUGUUUCUUCAUUAAAUUACAGAUUAUUGGUAAA